AAUUUAAAAGAUGAAAAUGUUAGCAAGACUUGUUCUGGGACUUGUCAUCUUUGAUGUUGCCGUGCCUGCCCCAACUCCAGAGCCCAUCAACUAUGACUCAGAAACCUAUGAUGCCACCUUGGAAGACCUGGAAACCUUAUACAAUUAUGAACACCUUCCUAUUGAUCAAGUAGAGAUUGAAAGAGUCACAGUGAUGCCAUCUGGGAACAAAGAGCUCCUUACUCCAGCCCCACAGCCAGGAGAGUUCCAGGAGGAGGAAGGAGAGGAGGAAUCCACCCCUAGGCUGAUUGAUGGCUCUUCCCCACAGGAGCCAGAGUUCACAGGGGUUCUGGGCCCCCAUACCAAUGAAGACUUUCCAACCUGCCUUCUGUGUACCUGUAUAAGCACCACAGUGUACUGUGAUGACCAUGAACUUGAUGCUAUUCCUCCACUGCCCAGGAAGACUGCCUAUUUCUAUUCUCGCUUUAACAGAAUUAAAAAGAUCAACAAAAAUGACUUUGCAAGCCUAAAUGAUUUAAAAAGGAUUGAUCUAACAUCAAAUUUAAUAUCUGAGAUUGAUGAAGAUGCAUUCCGAAAGCUGCCUCAACUGAGAGAACUUGUCCUGCGUGACAACAAAAUAAGGCAGCUCCCAGAACUGCCAACCACUUUGACAUUUAUUGAUAUUAGCAACAAUAGACUUGGAAGGAAAGGGAUCAAGCAAGAAGCAUUUAAAGAUAUGUAUGAACUCCACCAUCUCUACCUCACUGAUAACAACUUGGACCACAUUCCUCUACCACUCCCAGAAAACCUGCGAGCCCUUCAUCUCCAGAAUAAUAACAUUCUGGAGAUGCAUGAAGAUACCUUCUGCAAUGUUAAAAAUCUGACUUACAUCCGUAAGGCACUAGAGGACAUUCGGUUGGAUGGAAACCCUAUCAACCUGAGCAGAACUCCUCAGGCAUACAUGUGUCUACCUCGUUUGCCCAUCGGGAGCCUUGUGUGAUUUCAGAUAAUUAUGAUGCUCAUCACAACAAAAUAUUUUUUUCUGCUUUCUUCAGAAACAAAGCUCAGCAUGAAACUUUCAAAUUGCAUUCCAAAAGCUGAUAUGAUUACACAAAAUGCAACUCAAAGUGUUAAUAUAUGAUGAAAAUUUAGUAAUUUAAGAAAACAUCAGAUAAGGAAUAAACCUACAAACUAUUCAGAAAGAGCAAAACUAAAUGACAGAACCAAUUUUAUAGAUAUUCUUAAAAAUCAAUUAUAACUUGCAAGUGUUAGGAAUGCAUAUGUUAAUUCAAAAUUAAGUAUAU